AUGCCAGUCUUCACAGCGGCGGAUACGAUACGUAUCCUCGUCUCGACAGACAAUCAUGUCGGCUACGGCGAGCGCGACCCGAAGCGUGGCGACGACAGUUGGAAGACAUUUGACGAGGUCAUGACACUGGCCAAGGAACGCGAUGUCGACAUGGUACUUCUUGCGGGAGAUCUGUUUCACGAGAACAAGCCAUCUCGGAAGUCACUCUAUCAGGUAAUGCGCAGUCUGCGUGCCAACUGCUUUGGAGACAAGCCGUGCGAGCUAGCGAUGCUGAGUGAUGGGAGCGAGCAUUUCGCUGGCGCUUUCAAUCAUGCCAACUACAACGACGCAGACAUCAACGUAGCGAUUCCUGUCUUCUCGAUUCAUGGCAACCACGAUGAUCCAUCUGGCGAAGGUCAUCUUGCAGCACUCGACAUCUUGGCCAUGUCUGGCCUUCUCAACUACUAUGGUCGCACACCAGAAGCCGACAAGAUCGACAUCAAGCCAGUGCUGCUGCAGAAGGGGAAAACCAAGCUAGCACUUUACGGCAUGAGCAAUGUGCGAGAUGAGCGCCUUUUUCGUACCUUCCGCGAUAACCAGGUCCGGUUCUUCCAGCCGAAUACUCAACAGAAGGACUGGUUCAACAUCAUGAGUGUCCAUCAAAACCACCACGCGUACACCGAGACGUCCUACCUACCUGAACAAUAUCUUCCCAGCUUUAUGCAUCUGGUCAUCUGGGGCCACGAGCAUGAGUGCAAGAUCGAACCCCAGGAAAAUCCCGAGAUGGGUUUCAAAGUCAUGCAGCCUGGAUCUUCGGUUGCCACUUCACUAUCCAAGGGCGAAGCAGUACCCAAACAUGUGGCGAUUGUCAGCGUCAAGGGCACUGACUACGACGUCGAGCCAAUACGACUGAAGACCGUCCGCCCGUUCGUCAUGAAGGAGAUCGUCCUUAACGACUUUCCCGAAGCACGAGAGUGCGCAAUGGUUAAGAACGAGACCGACGCUAAGGUUCGGCUUACGAACUUCCUCGUGCAGCAGAUCGAAGAGCUGAUCGACGAGGCUAACAACAGCUGGCGAGAGACACAGGAGGAGGCAGGAAAUGAAGUCGAUGAGGACGAAAUGCCACAGCCGCUCAUUCGAUUGCGCGUUGAGCACACUCCACCAGCAGAAGGUGGCGAGUACAACAUAACCAACCCACAGCGAUUUGCAUCAGAGUUUGCAGACAGAGUUGCGAACGUCGACUUGGUCCAAUACCACCGCAAGCGGAAAGCGGUGCGUGCGACCAAACUCCAGCCAGACAUGCCCGAAGCGGAGGCCAUAUCUUUCGCUUCCAUCGACAGCGUCAAGGUGGAUAAGCUUGUCAAGGAGUUUCUUGAAGCACAGUCUCUCACUAUUCUGCCUCAAAACAGAUUCAACGACGCUGUUGGACAGUUCGUGGACAAAGAUGACAAACAUGCCAUGGAAGCGUUUCUUAAGGAGACGAUGGAUCAACAGCAGGAGAGUCUACUUGACCCUGAUCAGGACAAGAAAGUCGAGCCGCGUGACAUCGACGACGAGAGCGAUCCAGACCAGGAUGCCGAUGUCUAUGACAGGAUGGAUGAGAUCCGCCAGCACCAAGAGGCAGCACACGCUAGAGGCGAGCUGAAGCGAAGGCGUCGGCAGGGCAAUCUCAAGCCAAAGCCAAGCACUUGGGAUAGCGAUGCUGAUGGGCCCUGGGAGGACAGCAUAUACGCUAUCCCAGUGGAGGAGGAAGGGCAAGAGAAUGGUGACGAUGAUGACGAUAACGCAAGCGUGGUCUCCGGAGCAAGCAAGGCGCCUGCAAGAGGCAGAGGCAGCCGCGGAGGUAGGGGAGGCAAGGCAGCGACUGGCACAACUCGCAAAGCUGCUGCCCCAAAGAAAGCCCCUGCGAAACCUGCCGCAGCGCGAGGCAAGAAGAAGAAGCCUGACAGCGACGAAGAUGAUGACGACGAUAUAAUCAUGCUGGACGACGACGACGAUGAAGACGAGAGUCAAGGACUCUUCGUAAGUCAAGCGAAGUCGAUAGCCCGGACACAACGUUCAGCGUCACCUCCCAAGAAAGCCGCACCAAAGUCGACACGAGGCCGAGCAGGAGCUGCCGCCGCAUCGAGCACACAGCAGAGCCGACUCAACUUUGGAAGCAGUCAGGUCAAUGGCAGUGCCAGAUCGAACGGGACAGGUAGAGCUGCUGCUGCUGCUGCUGCUGCAAAACCUGCUGCAUCGAAGCGUCUCCAGGACCUUAGCGAGGACGAGAUCAGCGACGAUGAUGCCUUUGAGCCUCCGCCUGCUGCGCAGCGAAGGACGGGCAGGCGAUGA